AUGUACUUUUUCUCCCUCCUUCCCCUCCUCAUCACAGCCACCACCUCCUCCCCUUCCCCGGGUGGUCAAGUCCUUCCCCGACAGUCCUCCCCACCCCCGACCAACCCCUCCUUCAUCUCGACCAUCCUCGCCACAGCCAACGCCUACCGCUCCGCCCACGCCGCCCGCCCGCUGACCUGGGACGCGAACCUCGCCGCUUUUGCGUUGCAAAAGGCGAAUGGAUGCCAGCUUAACCAUGCCGGCCCAUACGGCGAAAACGCCUACUGGUCAUGGUACUACCCGCCUACGCACCAACCUGAUUUUACGGCGGAGAUAGGCUGGGCGUUUGAGGCCUGGAACUCGCAGGAGGAGAUUGAUGCUUACGUUGCUGGGGACUUGCUGGGGGGAGCGCACUUUACGCAGACGGUUUGGAAGGCUACGGAGAGGGUUGGGUGUGCUUUUAGCGGGGGGAGGUGCGUGGGGAAUCCGGAUCAGGAGUGGUGGUUUUAUUGUGAUUUUUGGCCGAGGGGGAAUGUGAGGGGGUGGUAUGGGGGUAAUGUUACUGUUUGA